AAGUCACAGCUAGAACCUGCAUUCUGUCAAAGAGAUGGAGAGACAUAUGGACUUCUUUUUCAAGUUUAGUCUUCGAUCAACGGAAAAUCAUUGGACAGCUGAGUGGUUUAAAAACAUCUUCUGAAGGACAAACUCGGAAAAUCUGAACUUACUACUCAUGUUGACCAGUGGAUUGAUCUGGCAAUAAGAAACAAUAUCAAAGAGUUAGAUCUCGCUAUGCCAUUGGAUUUGCGUAAAGGCUACAGUUUACCUCAAUGUGUCUUUGCUGCCAGAACGAUAACUGCAUUAAGGGUUAAUGGGUGUAAGUUGGGACCUUGUAAUGAUCUAAAUCUUUCUAAUCUGCAAAAACUGUGUCUUGGAAAGCUCCGUGUCAAUGAGCAGAUGAUUGAGAAUCUGAUCCGCGCCUGCCCUCUGCUUGAGGAUUUCAGACUAAUCUAUGCUACUGGGUUAAAAGUUUUUAAGGUUUCAAAUCUUCCUAAACUUAAAAGGAGUGAUUUGCACACUUGCUCUGAGCUGAAAGAAGUUAACCUUCAAGCACCAAAUCUUGAAACAUUUUGGUAUGUUGUGGUGAAAUAUAGGUCCUACAAAAUUGACCUAUCCACAUGCAACGCCCUUAAGAGUUUGACAUUGGAAGAUGCAACACUGAAGGAUGAAUCUUUUCAAAAUCAUCUAUCUUGUUUCCCUGCCCUUGAGAAGUUGGUCUUAAGCAAGUGUAAUUUCUUGAAAAAUAUUACAAUAUCGAGCUACAAGCUUAAAACACUUAUCUUGAGAGAAUGCAAGCAACUAGAAGAGGCUGAUAUUAUUAGCCCAAACCUUCGUUCAUUCGAAUACAAAGGUGAGAAGAUGCCUUUUAUUUCCUUGAAUCCUUCGAGUUUAAAAGAAGCCAAGCUUUAUUUUAAACCAUCAGGACAAGGUGAACCUCGAUUAAGCAACGAAGAUAACCACACCCCUUGGUUUGCUAGAUUGCAAGGAUUUCUUGAUAUGUUUGAUUACAGUAGAGGUUUGAAAUUGGUGGUCCGCUCUGAUAAGGUAUCUUCCUUUUUCGAUUUUACUUUUUAUAUUGUUUUGUUAUUAUUCACAUUUAACACCCUCACAAAUUUCUGCUAUUUUGCUUGUCAUCCUUAUAUCAAGAAUAUCGUCAUUUAUGAAAGGCCAAAGGGAAUUUUUCUUCCGCAAGUCUACGAUCUCAAACUUGAUGUGGUGAAAUCAUCAGUAAAUCUUGAGGAUCUUUUAGAUUAUAUUUUACGAACAUGGCGUCCAUUGACACUAUCAUCAUUGUCAACUUCCAGAAGCAGGCUCCCCAAGCUAGUGUGUAAGAAACUAAUAACAAGAGAGAAGGAUCCCAGCUGCUGCACAUACAAUGCUUCCGGUAACAAAUGCUGGCGGCACUUACUAGAUAACGUUGAAACUGAGAACCUUGUCAAUGGCAAAAGUAAAUCUGAAUGGAUUGCUUGGCUGAGGUCAUCUAAAUCCAAGUUCAAAAUUAAUUGUUUUAGAUUAAGUUGGAAGCACAGCAAGCAUGUUAGUCAAGGCCUCAAGGGUAGACUAAUGUUUGAUUGAAUAUGAUAGGACUAGAAUAUGGAUUUUAGUUUAUAACUUCUACAUAGGUGUAGAUGCAGUUCUUAGUUGUUCUCAAACAUGUUACCUUUUUUUUUUUAAUCAUUGGGUCUUUAAUAUUUUUGUUAAAAUAAAGUCCAAUAAUCUCAUAGGAAAUUUAGUGAGACGAUUGUUAUCAUUUUGACUUUAUUUUAUUGCACUCACAAUUUGUUUAAUACCGCUUAUUUACCGCUGAAUAAACAGACUUGAGCGAUUCUUGGA